AUGGACGAAGCACUCAGGCGUCUCAACGGUUCCGCCCCGAUUCCCGAACCCAACCCACAAGACCCAUCGAUCGCCGACAACCAGAAGCGUUGCACCGCCGCCAACAAGAGGACUUUACGCGAAAAUAACCCCGCCGGAGCCAUGAGGUACCGCGGCGUGAGGCGCAGGCCCUGGGGCCGUUACGCCGCCGAGAUAAGGGACCCACAGUCGAAGGAGCGGCGCUGGCUCGGCACCUUCGACACGGCUGAGGAAGCGGCUUGCGCCUAUGACUGCGCCGCCAGAGCUAUGCGUGGGCUCAAGGCUCGCACGAACUUCGUGUACCCGACUUCCCCUCCUCACCCUUCUUCUGCCACCCAACACUUUUUCCCUUCCUUCAACUUCCCCAAACACGCUCAACAACCUUUCAACAAAAUCAACCACCAUAACCGCCAGUUGCCGGUUGCUGCCACUCACGGGAUUGACCUCGCAGCACCCUACCACCGGAACAACCCUUCCUUCAACAUGCUUCUCUUUCGUGACCUUAUUAACUCUUCUUCCACCCCUUCUUUGGUUUCUCCUACUAACCAAUUCUAUGACCAAUUCCCCUACAACAACGCUGGUUCUUCUAUUUCCUCGUAUUCUCCUUCAACACCUACGAUUGGUUCUCUCCCAGGUUGUUGUUUGCUGAAUCCUUGUGGUGGCAACAGUGUUAAUGGUGUUUGUGGCUUUUCUUCCGGGAAGAUGAACACUACUCCCACUUGUGGAAUUAAAGGAACUGAAGUUGAUGAUGUUGGAUCGGGGUUUUUUCCGAGAGAGUCUUCGGAUUCGGGGUUGCUGGAAGAGAUAGUUAAUGGGUUCUUGCCGAAAUCGAAGCCCAAUAAAUGUGAGGGUGCACUAAAAAUGGAGACUUUUUGCAACCCCGAGGAGUUGCUUCCUCCGCUUGUAUCUGAUUGCACGCUCGUUUCCACCGCUCAGUGUUGUAACGAGACGAAGAAGGGACUUGCCAAGAUCGAUAGUUUUGGUUUUACUUCUGAUCACCAAGGCUUUCCCAUGCAAGAAUUUGAUAGUUUUAAUGGGUUUAAUACCGUGCAGGCUAUGCCUCUUGGGAAUGAACAAAUCAUGAUGAAUCAUGCAGAGAACUCUUUCAUUGAAGAUAUUUUUCAGUACCCAGAGCUUCUUAAUGCUUUUGCAGUUAGGAUGCAAAAUGCGUAG